AUGAACAGUAAAUUCAAGGAACGUAUUCUUCACCACAUAUGUGAUAUAAGAAAUAAUGUAGAAACUAAUUCUCUCUACCAACAUAUCUCUAGAUUUGAGAAGCACUCUUUUAGAUUUAUGGCUUUAUCGAACAUAAAAGAAAGUAUACGAGGUGGUGACCUAAUGAAUAAAAUGGAAGCUGAAGAAGCAAGGUGGAUUAUGGAUCUGAGAGCAGAUGAUCCCCCAGGACUGAAUGGGGUAGUACCCCUAAAACCUAUAUUAAAAGAGCGAGGCCUGAGAAAUAAAACAGUUUUAAACAGUCGAAUUAGAACUGGGAAGCUCCUACUUAGAUCGCUGUUUGUAUCGAGUGCUUUAGCUGUUUUUAACAGUUCAACAGUUCCUGUAAGAGCUAGCAAGCUUCAACUUAAACUGCUGUUUAUAUUGAGUGCUUCAGCUGUUUCUUACCAGCCCAACAGUUCUUGGAGUCUGAAGAGAAAUUUAUCAGAUGUUGAACCUGAACCACCAAAAACAAAAAAAUACAAAUCCGACUGUGUGAUGAACAGUGAUGAUGCAAUCCCAGGCACGUACACACUUUCUGACCUGGAGGACUACGCAGAAGCCAUGCAGGACAGUCUUAUAAAAAUGCCAAAAGAAAAACGCAUCAAAAUUGAAGAGAAACUUAAAAACAGGAAACUAAAAGACAGGCUUGAAUUGUCUUACAAAGAUUUUCAAGCUCUUAACAAGGAAAAAUUAAACAACAAAACAUUUCCUUCUGAUGUACUUAUAAGCAUGUUAUUUACGGACGUAAAAGUAAAAGACUUCAGAAAGCCUCAGCAGAAAACCAGAAAGCAAGAAAGUGAUGAGAAAAUGAAUUCAGAGACCAGUAGCCUUUCAGAUGAUAAAUGCCUCAUUAAAACUUCAACUACUGUGCACAAAGGAAGUGAUGUAAGGCUAUCCCAAGAAGUAUUUGAACAAAUAGGCACAGAGAAAAAAGAAGUACCAAAUGGUGAAAGUAAAAGCCAGUUUCAUGUAGAAGAUUCAUUAGAAAACCCAAAUCAAAUGAACAGAGACAUUGAAGACAUUAGUGAAGAUACUUCAUUGUCAUUACAUUUACCUAAAACUGCCCCAGAAGAACAGAAGAGAAAAGAUAAAGGACAUAGAAAACUACCUGCUGAAGAAAAAGGAAGCAUACAGGAUAGGGCAAAAGAUGAAUGGGUAGAGGACUGGGUAAAGAAAGAGUCUGUAAUAAUUUCUGAAAUGCAGAAAGAAGAAGCAAAGUUAAAAACUGAUUUAAAGUCCAGUAUAAAUUUUAGGAACAAGAAGCACCAUAGAGAAUACCAUUGUUUUAUAGCCAGUGAAUACAUAUUUUUUAAAGACCCUUUGAAUGGAAAUGAAUAUAUUUUAGAUCUACAGCUGCCAACGGAUGCUCAAGUUGCAUUAAAUGGUAUACGCGUCCCUAAAAAUGGUAAUUGCUACCCUACAGCCCUAACACCAAAGAAAGGUGAAUUCAAAGCAGAUUUUAAUGCAAGGCUGCAAUAUAAUAUGUGGAUUCAUGGCUCUUAUUUUACUCAUGUGUACUUCAGCUUUGCAGAAAGUGAUCGCUUGAUUAUAAAAGAAUAUAAUGAAGGACUUUUUAAGGACUUUGAAAAGACCUUUAAGAAAACUGUUUCAGAAACAUUUCUCCCUAUCCUUGCUGUUUAUAAAAAUCUGCAAAAGGACAGGUGUGCUUUUUAG